CCAUCUGACCCCAUUUCGAAGAUCGAGUUUCUCCUUUAAUCUAGUUAUCCGUCUCGGGUAACCUAGAGACUCCCAUCGGCCAAAUGCCUAGGAGGACGCUGCGUAUUCUCUGCUUCGGCAACUCGCUGACGUCUGGGUUCCCGGUGGGCAAGCCGUACGCAGAGAAACUUACUGAGAAGCUCGAGGAAGCGCUUCUAGGUCACGGUUAUGGCGAGAUUCAGUAUGAGGUCGAAGGCGUACCGGGAGACUUGGUGACGCGGGGCUCGUUUCUCGAUCGAAUGCGGGAUUCAUGGAAAAACAGAUCAGAAUUUUAUGAUUGGACUAUUGUAUUAGGUGGAACGAACGACCUUGGUUGGGGAUGUCCGGUCGAGGAUAUCGUCGCCGGCUUGAAGCGGACCUGGGAUAUACCACUUCUGAAGGGUAGCAAGGUGCUCGCUUUGACGAUACCAGACACUCGAGCCCGAUAUAAGGACGUUAAGGAACGACGGGAUGAAGUAAAUAACGCCAUUAAGGAAUACAGAAAGCCAAACUUCUUCUAUUUUGACUUAAACAACGCCGUGCCGUACCACAAUAUGGAACCCUCAGAUAGACCUAAGUACUGGCAGAUGGACGGCGUGCACCUGACAGAAGCCGGCUACAACCUGAUGGGAGAGAAAAUCGCCGCAGAACUUAUCAAGCUCAUAAGACUUGCGGAAGCUCAAGACACGGAUAUUAGCAGCAUCGUAACGGACGCGCGGCAGAGACAAGCCAUCGAGGACAUGAUAUACGAGGAAGAGAGAGGGAACCCGAGACUGCUUAGCCAAGGCUACAUCGUCGUGCGGAAGACAGAUCUAGACUAGAUUAAUACAUUAAGAAGCUUUAUCUUUAUUUCAUUCAUUCAUCCUAACGCUCUAUUUCGUGGGGAAGGGAUAUUCUCGUUAGAACCUCCCCCGUACCAUUUACAACGUGUCUGUCCCUGACGCCGU